AUGUCGCAGGCGUCGCACAAGCUUGUUCGCCCCGUCACCAUGCUCGUGCUGCUACUCGGAGCGUCGCUCGCCGUCGCCAGGCCUGCUCGUGCGACGUCGCACGGCUCGCUGGGUCCGAUCGAUGCGAUCUUCGUCUUCGGCGACUCGCUCCUGGACGUGGGGAACAACAACUACGGCCCUGCCGACUGGCCCAAGAAUAACUUCGCUCCCUACGGCACUAACUACAUCCCCGCGUCGGGCCGCGUGUGCGACGGCAAGCUGACCGUCGAUUACCUUGCGGAGUGGCUGGGAUUCCCCGGGUCGCCCCCGCCGUACCUGCAGCCGGGCCGCAAUGCGACGCUUGGAGUGAGCUUCGCCAGCGCCGGUGCCAGCUUCAAUAUCACAGGAUACACCCUCCCGGCCUUCCAGGCAUUGCAGCAGCUGCAGUGGUACAGCAAGCUCCAGGCCGAUGUGAACGCAGCGGCAGGAACCGACUCGCUCCUCCCCAAGUCCCCAGCCGUCUUCUCCUCUGCUCUGCACAUUGCGCGGUUGAGGAGUUUAUACGGGCUGGGUGCGCGGCGGUUUUUGCUGUCGGAGCUGCCGCCGUUUGGGUGCGCGCCGCUGUGGCGGCAGGCGCUGCAGCAGGCGGGGUGUGUGGCGGUGCUGAAUGGGUACGCUCAGGCGCACAACCGGCUGCUGGCUGCUGCUGUGGGGAGGUUGAGGGAGGAGCUGGUGGGAUCGCAGAUUCUGCUUGCCAAGGUGUACGGCCUUGUUGAGACUGCUGUUGCUGAUCCCGCCACUGUUGGCCUCUUGGAGGACAGCAACGCCUGCUGCGGCGGCCCGCCUCCCCUCAACGGGCUCGUGCAGUGCGGCACCACGGCCAACCUGGGUGGUAACCUGGUAACUGCAACAGAGUGCAGUCGCCCGCAGGACGCGGUGUUCUGGGACCAGUUCCACCCCACCGAGUCCCUCAACCGCAUUCUCGCUCGCAACUCGUUUGUAGGCCGCCAGGACUCCAUCAACCCCAUGAGCGUGCGUGACCUGGCCCAGCUUGCCAGUAAGCAGAAGUGA